CUCAAGAUCUGCGACGAUGACACCAGCGGAUCCGAAACCGCAACUCAAGAGCUGGUAUGUAGAUCCCCUUCUUUUCUCAUUUUUUGCCCACUAGGUCGCGUAGAAGUCAUCCUUUCGUGAAAAGCUGGACCGCUACAUUAUCGAUUUCCCCGAAUUUAUUCCGAAUCUACCAUCAGGCUACGGGAGAUGAGUGAGCUACUACUAGGAGAAAUACAGCGCAAGAAGAUGGAAAGCGCAGGCAAAAUGUAGCGGCUAGGAAGAAGGUCCACCACAAAGGAGGAUGCCAGCUGCUCUUUUUUUCCACGCUCCAGGAGCUGCAGUCCCAGUUGAUUUUAUUGCGGUUGUCCGUCCGUCGCCAUUAUGUUCAACUCUUUCACCACAGAAGACGACGCGGAAACAACUGCUCGCUGGCUUAUGCAGCAAAAUGGUUGCGCCGCACAGGUAUGGUUUUUUUGAUUUCAGUAAAUCUAUGUCGUGUCGCAACCACAUAGUUAUGCACAUGGUGCUGGUGUCAUCUUCAUGUUUCUAGUUUCGGAUCCGCUCUUCACAACAACUGACAUUUCAACCCGAGCCUGAAACACUUCCAACCCACAGGUUUUUGCGCGGCAAACCUAGCCGAGAGCGAGAUGAAGAUUACACCACGAACUUGGCCGCACACUCCUGUUGACCAUCUUCACAAGUAGCGCGACGAACUGCUUACUCGCCUUCGACGACUGAUGUUGCCGACGCAAGAACUUCGCAGCGCAGAGCGAUAUCUUCGGCAUGUUGGGAAGAACAUCACGAGUCGCUUCUUACAUCGUCGAAGGCACCAAAUCUCCACCCUGGACACAAAAAGCACGACUGCGCAGAGGAAUUUUUCGGCUAUUACCGUUCUUGCAACAGUUUGAGCUCACCCUGACGGAGCUCCAGAUUGCCACAAGCCGGGUUCCUGUUCUGCGAGGAAGAUCCCCGCGCCAGAGAGUAGAAAGUACUAACGGAGUAGAUCGUAGUUGCGAUUUCGCUUGUUCCUCACGUUUUCACUUUUCCUUCUGGAUUUGUCAUGCAAAACGCUGUUUAGGGACAAGAUUUCGUAACUCGCGAUAG